AUGCGCAACUACAACAAGCGCAAGACUGCGCGACCGUCAAUCCCCAAGUCCAGCGAUGAGAACGCCUCUGUGCCAGCAUCCGUAGCAGUCUUCGGGACCUACGAGCUUCUCGAAAAGAUCAUCGCCCACCUACCACUUCGAAAGCUCUUCCAAAUCCAGCGACUCUCGCACGCCUGGCAGGACCUUCUUGCGGACUCAAUUCAACUCCGCAAGAAAAUGUUCCUGCAAGCCAAUGGCGUUCCCUUCCGCGAUACCUGCAACAGCUCCCGAAACCUCCACCUGAAGUUCAAUCCCACAGCUGUUGUGGAAGUCUAUACAGGAGACCGCACAGGCGUCUCUCACGUGGGUAUCCACAACAGAUCCUGUCCCACGGGCAAAUAUUACUCUAGAAGCAACCUCUACGCCACAAUGAUCGAGCGCUGCGAUCGCAAUGACCUCAUUCAAGUCACGAUCCCCUCCAGAACCAUCGACUACACAUUGCUUCACCCAUGUCAAGCGCUGGGAUCAUGGCGCAAGAUGCUCCUCACCCAGCCUCCUAUAACAGCUCUGGAUGUGAAGUGCUACCAGGGGGUAUCCCGGUACUCCAUCACGGCGGAGAGGGUAUAUGCCACAGUCUACAACCCUGCGGGUCUCACCUACGGCGAUGUGGUCGAUCUAAUCAUCACACUGCGGCAGCAAGGGGCGCAGGUGGUUUCGGAGGAUAGGUGGACUGUGAAAGACUUCUCUGGGAGCUUCGACUCUACCAUGUUCGAUGGCGAUAAGAUGUUGGGUCUGAGGAUGAAGGCAUGCACUGGCAAGAUGGACGAGGACGGCAACGGAUGUUGUGGGUGCUUGCAGCUGUUUGUGUCGGCGUGA